GGACACCAUCGCGCGGCUAUAAACGCUCUCUAUAAAAAUCAAUGAACAACCAACUCUCAUCUGUAAGCUUAUCUCCCUCACUCCAAAACACUCUCUCUUCCCCCGGUCACAACCACCACUUCUUCCUCAGCAAUGAACUAUCACCCUCAUCAAAUCCCCCGGCAUGUCACUCAUCCUAGCCUUCACGCUCAUGUGUUGUUUGAAGCCGUGAGACUCGGACACCUCCCUAUGAUCCGCCGUCGUCUCACUGGGACCGAACGCGCCCAACUCCAGUCUGGCGAUGUUUUCGUCUGGGAGGAAGCUUCCCACAAAGGUGGCUUGGAACGAUGGACCGAUGGUCGCAAAUGGUCAGCAUCAAGAAUGCGUGAGCCGUUUCUGUUUUACGAGGAAAAACUGUCAAGAGGAAUGAAAGGCCAAGACGAGUAUGACAACCCCCACGCUUAUGCCACAUCGCCUCAGGGCCUCACCAAACAGACUUAUUCCGCAUGGGUAACCUUGUCUACUGACCCUAACGGAAACCCGUACCGCAAAAAAUGGCAUAUGACAGCUUAUUUCUCUGCCAGUACAUUCUCUUCCUUGCCAUCCGUGCAAGACGAUCCACUGUUGCGCCAGAUUCAUGUUCCUCAUAAUAUGUAUGAGACCGGCAAAGGUCUCUUGCGCAAGGCACCCAAUUCGGCCAAGGCCCGUGCCGAGGCUGCUUCCAACGACCCCAUGAUGAUGUUUCACGAUGAUCGAUCUCAGGACGGUGAUGAAGUGGACGACGACUAUAUGCAUGGCGCUUCGUAUCAUCCAUAUCAUAUUCCACACCAUCCUUAUUUGCCUUCCUCAUCCUCUCCUCCCGCCCACCACUCACGUCCGAAUAAUUCUCUCCUCAGUCUCCCAUCACCAGUGGCUCUCGGAGGCGGCACUCUUCCCUCUCCGAGUUUCAUGGUUUCGCCCCCUAUGAGCUCCCCGGGAACUUCGCCCCACAUCAGUCGUGAAACACAAGAUUACUUCCCGUUUGGGGCCGGCCGAUCCGAUGCUGGUACGCUCAUUAGGGAUCAGCGUCCGUAUCCUACUCCAACUUCUGAUGUGUUCCCCGGCAAUGUCAGCCCUUCGGCUCAGACUCGCUCGGCAGCCGAUCAGAAGGCCGUUGGCUCUUUCCGUGUCACCCUAUGAUCCGAUUAUCCAUUCGCCAUGCUCUCGAACGUUCAAGUAAUGCUUUCUCCCCAUCCCCAACUCAUCUCACUUAGUAUUGUUUGUUUCAAAUUCAUUUCUCCUGCUGCCUCAUGCAUUCUCCUCCCUUAGCACAACUAUCAAGCACAGUUCGUAAUAACGUCGACCUCCUGUCGAUUUUUCAUACCUUCGACUCCCCUAUCUCUGCUCUCGUUUAUUUCUUCAGUCUUGGGUCUAGGCUCUUUGUUUCGGACCUCGAGUUUUUUUUUGGUUUUUCCAAUACAAUUUUCACUUGUUACACUGCAAUUACCGCAAGCAAGUUGUACCCUUACAGUUCUUUCCCUACUUUCCAUGUCUUUUGCUCCUGCAUGUUGUGCUCUGCCAAAAUAUCGUAAAACUAUUUGUUCUGCCGCGUGCGGUGGUCUUGUACCUGGACCAUGCAUGGUAUUGUCACCCCCAUCACAAUUUGGCUGAUCAGACUUUA